CCAUUGAUCUCUUUUGUCACAACCUCCAUGUCCCAUACAUCUUUAGCAGCAAGAGAACUCAACAGUUUAAUUUUCCACAAAACUAGUUUUUUCGGGUUUUAGUCGGUAUCGUCGGAAGAGAGAGAAAAUGUUGGGAAUUUUCAGCGGAGCUAUAGUAUCAUUGCCGGAAGAGCUGGUGGCUGCCGGGAACCGAACUCCGUCUCCGAAGACAACCGGAUCGGUCCUAGUCAACAAGUUCGUAGAGAAAAAUCCCUCUGCCGUGUCCGUACAGGUCGGCGACUACGUGCAGCUUGCGUACAGCCACCACAAAGAGAGUCCUCUCCGGCCAAGGUCAUUUGGGGCUAAGGAUGAGAUAUUCUGCUUGUUCCAAGGCUCACUUGUCAACUUAGGAAGCCUUAAACAACAAUAUGGGCUUGCAAAGAAUGCAAACGAGGUUCUCUUGGUCAUUGAGGCUUACAAGACUCUCCGUGACAGAGCUCCUUACCCAGCCAACCACGUCGUGUCACACCUAAGUGGCGAUUUUGCCUUUGUGGUCUUUGAUAAAUCAACCUCCACUCUGUUUGUAGCCUCUGACCAAGAAGGUAAGGUACCAUUGUACUGGGGGAUAACAGCUGAUGGGUAUGUGGCAUUUGCUGAUGAUAUUGAGUUGCUAAAAGGUGCUUGUGGCAAAUCUCUUGCUUCUUUCCCUCAAGGCUGUUUUUACUCGACUGCCUUGGGUGGGCUUAGGAGCUUUGAGAACCCUAAGAACAAGAUCACUGCCAUUCCUGCUAGAGAGGAAGAAAUUUGGGGAGCCACCUUCAAGGUGGAAGGAGCAGCAGUUCUUGCACAUGGAGAUUGAUUAAAAUCAAGAUCCAUCUCUCUUAAUAUCUAAACUCCAACAGCAAACAAAAUAAUGAUGUAGAGAAAACAAGAAGCUGUUCUAUGAGUUUUUUUAUUUAUAAAUAUUAUGAAUGGUUGGUUAUGAUGCGUGUAGUGUGUUCUCUCUUUUGUACAGUCUGCGUCUGUCUCUUCUCAAAACUCAAAAUCUACCUUCUCUUGAUCCUUUUUUUAAUCUCAUGUUCAGAUCUUGUGUUUCUUCAGUAAGUCUUGCAAUUCUCAA